AUGAUUCUCUCCGCCCUCUCCUUUGCAGCUCUCUCGUCGGAUACGGUUCUCAGUCGACCAGGUGCAAACGUUACCCUGCCUUGCCUAGAGGGGGAGCUAGAGAACACCACGCUUGUGCACUGGCGGUUAAAUGGACAGAAUAUAAGUUUGCCUCGCGGAGGGCAGAUGUCGGAGCAGUCCUCUCUCUUCCUGCCAUCGGUACUUUUCAAUGAUUCUGGCUGGUACAGCUGCCAUGCCGGUGACUCCGUCCUCCGCUUUGUGCGUCUGACGGUCGAAGAGCCUCCCGAGGUGCCAUACUUAACUUGCUACCGCAGGAGCUUCGCCAAGGAUAUCCUGUGCGAAUGGAAACCGUCCCGCCAACUAUCUGCUCGCACCAAAGCCAAACUCUGGGUGGGAAAAGGGCUCAUGGGAGGGAACCGUACGGAACAGCCGUGUCGGUAUUACAGUCGAUCCCAGAAAUUUUCAUGUCGCAUCACAAUGACUCACCAAGAUGAGGACAUCGCUCUGCGGGUGACAAUGUGUGUCGUAAACGCGGCAGGCGCUACUACGAGCGAGGACAAAUACUUAAUGACCGGCAGUCUAGUGAAGCCAGACCCGCCGGAAAACGUCAGGGUGACGCCCGUGGAGAAGGCCCCCCGCAAGCUCCGCGUGACCUGGCGUUACCCCUCCUCUUGGGGCUCCAAGAUGUACCAGCUUCGGUUCCAGCUUCGAUACCGGGCAGACAUCUUACAGACAUACUUGGAGGUUGAGCUUCCAUUGGAGACCACGUUCUAUGUGAUCCACGAUGCGUUGCAAAACCUCCCCCACCGAGUUCAAGUGCGAGCGCAUGAGGAAUUCAACUAUGGGACUUGGAGCGAGUGGAGCCGUGAAAGUACAGGAACGCCCUGGACAGAACCCCCAGAGGCCGAAAUGACUUCAAGCGUCCCAAAGAUUCCUGAUUAUGAUUUUGUUACCCCGGAUAUGCCUGCAACUCCUGAGUCCCCCGUCGACCCAGGAAAGCCAAAUGUGGGAGUGGCCGUGGCCGUGGAUCUUCAUUCGUGCCUCAUCCCAGCAGUAACUGUGAUCUUGGCUCUUGCCCUGGUAGUUGGCAUUGUCCUCAGGGGAAAAGUUCGCUCUUUGCCCGCUCUCACAAACAGCGGAGAUUAUGGGAUCUGCCGCAUAGAAUUUAAAACGGUGGAUUUCGCCUUCAAAGAUGUAGUUUCCAAGACUGCGCUAUCAAAUUCCUUUGGUUCCCUGCUAAGUUCAGGGUUCCCCCUCAGCUCGUCGCCACCUCCUGACUCCUACCGCCUCGCCCUUCAGCGUAGAGUUCUUGUGGAUAGUCCUAGAAUCCUAGAAGGCAGUCCGUGA